ACGAAGAUACAGAACAAGCAAAACCUGUAGCAUUGACACAGCUCAGUAGCAACCAUGGAGCCUAGAUUACUCCACCUUGCUCUUCUCCUGCUCCUCGCCUGCGGCGGCAUUAUUGCACCGGCGAGAGGCGCAGGCGGGAGCUGGAAGGUCCUGCAGCGCAGCGUCGGCGUGUCGGCGAUGCACAUGCACCUCCUGCACAACGACCGCGUGAUCCUCUUCGACCGCACCAACUUCGGCCGGUCCAACCUCCCCUUCCCCCCCGGGCACCCCUGCCGCGUGAACCCCCGGGACCGCGUGCUCCCCCAGGGGGACUGCACCGCGCACUCCGUCGAGUACAGCGUCGCGUCCAACACGUUCCGCGCGCUCUCCAUCUUCACCGACACCUGGUGCUCGUCGGGCUACGUCGCGCCCGACGGCACCCUCGUCCAGAACGGUGGGUGGGAAGACGGGUACCGCAAGGUGCGCCUCAUGCCCGCCUGCAAUGGCAGCGACACGAGCUGCGACUGGUCCGAGAAGCCGCAGGACCCGGACGUGCUCGCCGCGGACCGGUGGUACGCCACCAACCAGAAACUCCCCGACGGCCGCGCGAUCAUCGUCGGUGGACUGGGGCAGUCCAACUACGAGUUCUACCCAAAGCCAAACCCUUUUGGUUCUGGUACCUUCUCGCUGCCAUUUUUGGCCGAAACUAACAGUUUGUAUCCAUUCGUACAUCUCAACAUAGAUGGCAACCUUUUCAUCUAUGCCAACAAUCGUGCCAUUCUGUUCGACUACAAGAAUGGCAAGAUUGUCCGGGAGUAUCCUGUGCUCCCCGGCGCCGAGCCGAGGACCAACCCGAAUGCGGGCUCGUCGGUGCUGCUCCCCCUGAAGCCCAACCCCACCGAGGCCGAGGUGCUGAUUUGUGGGGGGGCACCGAACGGCUCCGUCGACGCCGUGCAGAGGAACACCUUCCUCCCGGCGCUGGUGACGUGCGGGCGGAUCAAGAUUACCGACCCUAAGCCGUCGUGGGUCAUCGAGAAAAUGCCGUCGCCGCGGGUGAUGGGGGACAUGAUCCUGCUGCCCAACGGCGAGGUAGCGAUCAUCAACGGCGCCAAGGACGGCAUCGGCGGGUGGGAGUCCGCCAAGACCCCGGCUAAGGCACCCUUCAUUUACCGGCCGGACCGUUCCCUUGGGAGCCGGUUCGAGGAGCAGACCGCGGCGAGCACUGCGCGGAUGUACCACUCCUCGGCGGUGCUCCUCCGUGACGGCCGCGUGCUCGUGGGCGGCAGCAACCCGCACCAAUUCUACGUCUUCAACAACGUGGAGUUCCCCACCGAGCUCGGCCUCGAUGCAUUCUCGCCGGGGUACCUCCACCCUUCCAACGACGCGCUCCGUCCCAAGAUCGUCAGCCCGUCCCCAGCAAGUGUGACAUACGGGCAGCUGGUGAAGCUGCAGUUCACGCUUCCGGCCACCGGAAUAGUUAAAAUGCCCGCCGCUCUUGGCAAACCGUUGGUUACAAUGGUCGCGCCGUCGUUCACGACGCACUCGUUCGCUCAGAACCAGAGGCUGCUGUUCCUCCAGGUGAAAGAGUUAGGGAAGCCGCUGACCCGUGACGACGCCUUCGAGGCCUCCGUGGUGAUGCCGUCCAAGCCGGAAUUGGCGCCACCGGGCUACUACAUGGUGUGCGUCGUGAAUGAGCUGCUCUUCGUGAAUGGCAAGAGUAGUGUGGCUGAGCGCUUUCCCAGCGAGGGGAUCUGGGUCCACAUACAGUGACAGCAAAGGGGUUACAGAAGGAUUGUUUCAUUCCAUGAGCUAUUAUACGAUCUAACUGAUUGGAACCACCCGAUCUUGAAUCGUACACGAGUUGUAAGAAAAUGGUGGUACCUGUAUUUUUUUUUCUUGUUUCAUUUUAUGCAUCAUGUAAUCAGUUCAAAA